CAGAGGAAGUGCCAGCCCAAAGAAGUUCAAAGAACAGGUCAAAAGGGAAAAUUGAGACAAAACAUAUUCAAUCCAUUAACAAGGAAGUCAUGACAGCUUGUCUCCUAAACCAGAUUAUACCAACAAUCAAGGCCAAAUGGCCAGCCAAUGCAAGCAAGAAGAUUUUCAUCCAGCAAGAUAAUGCCAAACCUCACCUAAGAGCUGCUGAUCAUCAGUUUAAGUCACUUGCUAGUACUGAUGGUUUUGAAUUCCAUCUAAUUAGCCAACCACCCAACUCCCCGGACACAAAUGUGUUAGACCUAGGGUAUUUUAGGGCAAUACAAUCACUUCAAGAUGACAAAAUUGCCACCAAUGUAGAUGACUUGCUGAGGAAUGUGUUUACCUCAUUUGAAUAACUCUCACCACAAAAACUCAAUAGAGUAUUCAUCACAUUACAAAGCUGUCUGACAGCAAUAUUACAAGUGCAUGGGAAGAAUGACUACAACAUCCCUCAUUUAAACAAGGACAGAUUGCACAG